GCUGGAGAGAGCAAACAAAAAGGCGUGGUGUAGGCUCCAAAAUAUACAUCUGAAUUCGUGAUGGCAUCGACAGAGGCUCUUAAUGGAUUAAAAGUUUCAAAACAAACAAUAACGCUUUGGAAAAAGGGUUGAAUGUCUGCCUGUACUUACAGGCAUGACCAUGGAGAAAAGUGGGAACAUACAAUUGGAGAUUCCUGACUUCAGCAACUCCGUACUGAGCCAUCUCAACCAGCUGCGCAUGCAAGGCCGUCUCUGUGAUAUUGUGGUCAAUGUGCAAGGACAAGCUUUUCGGGCUCACAAAGUAGUACUGGCUGCCAGCUCCCCUUAUUUCCGGGAUCACAUGUCCUUGAAUGAAAUGAGUACUGUGUCCAUUUCUGUCAUCAAGAACCCUACUGUUUUUGAACAGCUCCUUUCUUUCUGUUACACAGGGCGGAUAUGCCUGCAACUAGCAGAUAUCAUCAGCUACCUGACAGCCGCUAGUUUUCUGCAGAUGCAGCAUAUCAUAGACAAAUGUACACAGAUCCUAGAGGGCAUUCACUUCAAAAUUAAUGUGGCUGAGGUUGAAGCAGAACUAAGUCAGACAAGGACAAAGCAUCAAGAGAGACCUCCAGAGUCCCACAGGGUUACACCGACGCUAAACCGCUCACUCAGUCCACGGCAUAACACCACAAAGGGAAACUGGAGAGGACAGGUCAGUGCUGUGCUGGACAUCAGAGAGCUCAGCCCCCAUGAGGAGUCCACCAGUCCUCAGAUAAUUGAACAGAGCUCUGAUGUAGAGAGCCGGGAGCCCAUUCUUCGAAUCAACAGAGCAGGGCAGUGGUAUGUGGAAACAGGAAUAGCAGACCAGGGUUCCCGGAGUGGAGAUGAAGUUAGGGUUCUCGGAGCAGUGCACAUCAAAACUGAAAAUCUGGAAGAGUGGCUUGGGCCAGAGAAUCAGCCUUCUGGAGAAGAUGGGAGUAGUGCAGAGGAAGUCACAGCCAUGGUGAUUGACACCACAGGCCAUGGUUCUGUUGGACAGGAAAGUUACACUUUAGGGUCUUCAGGAGCCAAGGUAGCUCGGCCAACCAGCAGUGAAGUUGACAGAUUUAGCCCCUCCGGCAGUGUUGUUUCCAUGACAGAAAGACACAGAGCCAGAAGUGAGUCUCCUGGGAGAAUGGAUGAGCCUAAGCACCUUAGCUCCCAGGUAGAGGAGUCAGCUAUGAUGGGAGUAAGCGGCUAUGUGGAGUAUCUCCGAGAACAGGAAGUAUCUGAACGGUGGUUCCGGUAUAAUCCCCGACUCACCUGCAUCUACUGUGCCAAAUCUUUCAACCAAAAGGGAAGUCUGGACCGCCACAUGCGCCUGCAUAUGGGAAUCACACCAUUUGUCUGCCGCAUGUGUGGGAAAAAGUAUACCCGGAAAGAUCAGCUGGAAUAUCAUAUCCGAAAGCACACAGGCAACAAGCCCUUUCACUGUCAUGUGUGUGGCAAAAGUUUCCCCUUUCAGGCCAUCUUGAAUCAGCACUUUCGAAAAAACCACCCUGGCUGUAUACCCCUGGAAGGGCCUCAUAGCAUUUCUCCUGAGACAACUGUCACAUCUCGGCAAGCUGAAGAAGGGUCACCUUCUCACGAAGAAACAGUUGCUCCUGGGGAAUCUGCCCAGGGCUCAGUGUCUACUACUGGGCCAGAUUGAAACGUGGAGGGGGAGGGGGCAGACCCUCUUCCCCUUUGGGCCGUUACCAGCCCCUAUCAGGACCAUGGGCUGGUACUUAGAUUCACAAAAUGCCACAUCGCUCUACUAGAAGAUGUUUCUAUGGUGUUGCCAAAUUAGAAGACCAACAUGCAGAAAGCACUAAAGGCUCUUCUCCUCUCUCCACCUCACACUUUGGAAAAUAAUCAAGCAAAUCAGCUUCUAAUUCAGGGAUCAACAGCCUUGGUUUGUUAACUUUAUAAGAAAAAAAAAAUGUUUUUAACAAAACUGAUCAAUGAAUGGUCAUUUAUCUACCAGUCAUGAUUGAACAUUGUACUUAGGUCCAUAUCAUCUUGAAGGGUUAAAACCCAGAUCUAAAAAAAUACAAAAAGCAACAGGAUCUUUGGCCAACUGACACAGCCUAUCAGAAGAGGGAAAGGUAGUCACCAUGGUGAGAAAGGGGAAUCUUUCCUUCCUUUACCCUGCCAGAGCAUGCAUUUCCAAUUUAAGGAAGAAAAAAAAGGGGGGCUGGAUACUGGUGGUUCUUAAUACUCUAAAAGGUUAUAAUUGCUCUUGCCCUGUCAAGGCUUCUAAUACCUUGCCUGGUUGUUUGAUGUGAUCAGCUACCGUGGAGCAGCAUUCUAGCGGGCAGUGUCACCUGAAGCACUUUAGGCACAGAGAAGUAAAAUGAGCAGCCAAGCAUUACAGUGGGCACUUCUUCACGUGGGUGCUUGAGAAAGAGGAGCAGGGAAGGAAGUGCUUUUGUGCUUUGCAAAUACUGUACAGCACAGAGGUGAAGUGCAACUUCCUGUUUGGUGUUUGUAAACCAUAGCACUUGCAUACAUCUUUGGGUGUUAGAAAGAUGUUUCUAGUUCUGUGGAUUAACCUGUUAGGCUGACUACCAAAAGUUCAUCCUCUUCAGCUCCUAGUUUCAUAUAACAGCAAUAUUGUACUGGAAAUACCACUUUCCAGUGAAAUGAGGCUGGAUUGUAUUUUUAAAUCCACAGGUCUCCACAUUUGAUAACUUUUAUAUGAUGUUUUUAAACAGUUUUUUCCUGCAAUCUUAUAGUUGGAGAUUCAACACUAUUGUUCUUAUUGCAACCACAUUUCAUUUCCUUCUACAUGUUUUGUACCUUAUAUUUUCAAUCCAAUGAAGACCCUCACUUAAAAUCUGUCUUGGGCCUGCAUCAUAAACCCAUUAGAAAAUUGCUGGUGAUUCCAAGAGCUUUGAAUUUUGUUUUGUUUUGUUUUUUUUAUAAUACACUACAGGGCACUUCACUUACAAGAAAAUACCAUGCCCAGUCAUGUUGCAAUAAAUGAGCAAGGGAUCAAUUCUUAUCAGGUCUAGUUACAUAAUCAUUCCUAAGACUUAAAACUCCAAGGGGUUUUCUUUUUUUUUUUUUUUUUUGUGAUACUGCAUUUUUCUAAGAUUCUUAAUCCAGCUCUGAAAGAAUUUACCAAACAUGUAGAGCUUUAUAUGGCCUGUCUUGCGUGCAGAGAGAGAAGGAGGGAUGCUAAAUAAUACAGGCAAACAGAUGCCUGCCGUCUACAGUACAAAUAGGAAGAGGUCUCUAGCUAGAAUGAUUUUAAGAGCAUACUUAAAUGUGUAGUUGUUUUGGUACAGGGAUGCGGAUGAUUCUAAGAGCUUUGGGUGAUGGGCUGGUCCUACCUGCACUAGUGAGCCAAUUACGAGAAUGUGAAGUUUGUGUGCUCCUUUCUUGUGAGCACUGUGUGGUGUUUGGAAAGGUGGGAAAGGCAGUUUUGAUAAGAAACUGCACCGUUUAUGAGAAUGUGAAGUUUGUGUGCUCCUUUCUUGUGAGCACUGUGUGGUAUAUGGAAAGGUGGGAAAGACAGUUUUGAUAAGAAACUGGAGUGCAAAGAGUGGCUUUAAACGAUCUGAGACUCAGAUAUACUGUUAGAACUAGAGAAAGGUUUACUCUUCUGAAGUAUAGAAAUGCAUCUUUGUUUUGUUUUAGUUUUGUUUUUGAAAUUCAUCUUUUGAAGGAGUGUUACAUUGCUCUAGUUGAAGAGCCUGCCCUCAAAAGCAGCACUGGAGAAUAGUAUCUCAUCCUUCAUAAUAGUGGGCUUCUUGCUACUUAGUUGGGCAACAGCACGGUAGAGUGAAACCUGUCUGCUAGAGCCACCUCAAGGAUUACUGUGCUCGGUGGCACAAAACUGGAGGGUUAAAGCUCUAGAGAAACUUUUUAGCUUGGAUUGGAGGCUUUCAGUAGACGGAUCUUGUCAUUACUGAUCAUACGGUAGCUGGGAUGUACAGAAGAUGCUGCUUUAGAUGGAAAUUUUUUUUUAAGCAAACCAAAAAUAUUUUAAGUCUACUCUUCUUUUGAAAAGUUAAGUUGUAUGCUGCAAAGUUGUUUUUUGCAUUGUUAGCUUUUUAGAUUAUUUGUGAGAAAAUGCAGCGUUUAACUACUACCAAAUUAUAAAGGUAAAGUGCAGUAAUUUCUAUAAAAAGAAACUUGCAAGCACUUAACAGCACUCCCUCCAGGUCAGCCAAAAACAGCUUGAAUGGGGUAGAGUCUGUUGAAUGCAUGUUUGGCGGGUUCCCUUCCGUUUUCACUCAUUCUAAUAGGUUUUUACUGUACUGAUACUGUGAAUAGUGUUUCUUGUCCUAGAACCACAGCAGCCCAAUCUUCUUUGCUGGUUCUCUCCUCUAAUUAGCCGAAUCAGAGCCAUGAAAUUCAUGAGACUUCUACCAGGCUACCUUUGAGACAAAUUAAAGUUUGCAAAAAAAUAAUCUUCCGUUAGAAGUGAAACCAUUCUAAAUAUUCAGGAUUCUUAUCCAGAUUCACUGUGACAUUGUCCUACUUCUUUGCUGACAUCACUGUAGGGUCAUAAGGGUUAGCCAAUAGUGGUGCAUACCAGCAGUAGGCUCAUUAAGGGUGUACUAAAUGGACUUUAGCUGAUGCUGAAACUAACUACCAAAUCUUGACUUGCACACGUCACCUUGUGAGGGGAACUGUAUUAGCAGGGAGAGCUAAAUCAUCAGUAGGUAACUUAAUGCAGUGACCGUUACCACUGAGUGGCACUUGGAAAGCAGAGGAGCUAUCCAGUAUUCUCAGCAAAAGCAAAAGAGAGUUGACCACAUGUGUAUCUGUUUUCAUUCUAAAUAGACUUUAUUCUCUCUGAAUUCUGAUACUGGUAUAAACGAUGUCAUUCCCACAUGGCAGUAUCACUGUAUUUACACAGAAAGGCUCUUCCUAAUGAAUUCUUCUCCUUUUACUCAGAACCAUAAUUACCUCUAAACUGAAUUGACUUUUAUGUAAGUUAGAAGGAACUCCAUAGUCUGGUUUUUUUUUUUUUGUUUUGUUUUGUUUUGUUUUAUUUUGGUUUUGGAUAUUUUGAGACGGGGUCUUGCUGUGUAGCCCCUUGCUGUCCUGAUCCUCACCACAUUGCCCAGCAGGGCCUUGACCUCAUAGCAGUCCUUCAGACUCAGCCUCAUGAGUACUGAAAUUACAGGCAUGCAGCACCACACCUGGCCCCUAUUCCAUUUUAUUGUACUAAAGAGCUAAAUCUAGUCUUGACUACAUAAAACUGAAUUAAUCUGAAAAGGACAAAGAAGAAAGAAAGCAGUUAGGAAAUUUUUUCUUGUAUUGCUUUGUUUGUUUCCAGCUAUCAGUGAAACUGUUCCCAAGACAAUAAGAAGUAAGUAUAGACUGUCCCUGCCUCACAACAAAGCAAAUCUAGCUGCGGUCAGAUUGUCUGGUGGGAGAGUGACUUUUGGAACUUCAUUUUCAUUGUUGAGUGGUUCUCUGUCCAAGAAAUGGCUUUUACACAGUCAUACUAGUUUUGUUUUGUUUUGUUUUAACUUGUGUAAAUUACUUUUUGUUUAACAAGAUCUUUUUCUUUUUUCUUUUUUUCUUUUUGUUUUGUUUUGUUUUUCAAGACAGGGUUUCUCUGUGUAACCUUAGAAGUCCUGGACUCACUUUGUAGACCUCAAACUCACAGUGAUCCACCUGCCUCUGCCUCUCUGAAAACAAGAAGGUCUAAUUUAAAGAAAUAGAAGCAGUGGAAAAUGAAAAGACUUCUUAAUUGUAGUAGAAAAGCACUUAAUCAGAAAAAUUUUAAAUCCUGUAAGAUAUGUAAGCAGGCAUAAUUUAUUUUCUCUUCUGAAUAUGCCCUUUUUCUUAUUUGUAUACUUAUUUAUUUAAGGAAUAUUGACUGAGUCAUAAUUGAACAGUCUUUGGAAAUGGGGCUUUUUACAUGGGCCACAAUGGAAAAGAAUUUAAAAUACUAAAAUAUUUUUAUAGCUGAGAGCUAGGAAAAGGAACAACAGCUAUUUCCAGGUAAACCACUGAGUUUGAGUGUAGCUCUUAGCAAAGCAGAUCCCUAGGGCUUGAGUUAGAUCAGGGUUCGGCAAUCCAUGGCCCUUAAGUCAAAUACAAAGUCCACCUGCUUACAUGAGAAGAGUACAUCGGCACACCUAUGUGCUUACUAAAGUGAAGUACAUGGCCAACAAAGUCUAAAAGUACUCAGUGUCUAGAAGGUGGCAGAGGAGGUUUUCUGUCUCUGGUUGACUUCCAAACAUUUAACUACAAAUUACUUCUCUAACAUUUUGCCUUUACCAUAGUUUGGUAGAGGCUUUGACUUCAUAGUCGUAUCUGCAUCUGGUACUUGAGUGCAUCAUCCUUCUCUAGAUCCCAUAAGCUCUCUUGCUUUUUCUUUUGCUUGAAUCCCAUUCCAAAGGGCAUUUAGAAUGGAUUAUAAACCAAAAGGAAACAGGAUUAUGAUUUGUCAUUGUCUAAAAGGUGUAAGUAGAUUAAGUUUAGAAAAUUGUUGCUUAGAACAGGGUAUUUCUUACUUUAAAAAAUUCCCACAUAUAACAGUGGGGCUAAAUAGGUACCCUGUUUCAAAAGCUCUUAUUGUUUUAAGUAAGUUUUGCCAUUUUUGACCUUGCUUUAGCUGAUUUGCAUAACAAUGAUAUAAGUGAAUUUAACCUCCCUAGAAUGAAAGCAUUUUCUGUCGUGGAUACAUAUUACUGGUUGUGGUAGCUCUUGCCUGUAAUCCCAGCACUUGGGAGGGAAGGUGAAGAUGAGGAGCAGGAGUUCAGAGUUAUCCUUGGCUACUUAGAGUUUAUGGAUAGCCAGGGCUAUGUGAGACUCUAGACUCAAAAGCAAAACAGAGGUUUUUUGAUUUUUAUCAAAUGUACUGUUUUUCUAGAUUAGACAACUAUACUUUUCCCUUCAUUUUAAUAUUUUUCAUUCUGUCCAUUUGUGGACUAACAAAAAGUCCAAUCUUCCUAUUUCUUUCUUCUGGAUGUUUUAAAACCUAGUAAAACAUCAGAAUUUCAAAUUUUUCUUAGAUCCAUUCUUGCAUAUCUGUUAUUGUUCAACUUGUUAAAAUACAUAUUGGACCAUUACAUAUUUGCUUUGUGAAUAUUCAUUCUCAUUGUUAUAUAUAAGAUGUGGGGAAAUGUAGAAUUUUAACUGUGUUCAUAGAAAUGCUUACAAGAGGAAAAUAUGAUUUCUCCCCAUUUGGAAAUAGUACAAGGGCUUCAGAGUUUUAUCUGGGCAGAGUUUUCUAGGCUAUGCUAAUGCAGUAUAGUGAGUUUGAUUUGUUGUUAUAAAUUCUAUCAUCAUAGAUAAAAAUGGGAUGUGUCAUUAAUCUCCACGCAGGACAUGUCUUUGCUACUUUUAGUUUAGUUCAGUUUAGUUUUUUGUUUUAUUUUGUGACAGGGUCCUCACUGUGUAGCACUGGCUGACCUGGAGCUCCCUAGGUAGGCCAGACUGGCCUGGAACUCAGAGAGAUAUGUCUGCCUCUGCCUUCCAAGUGCUGGAACUAAAGGCAUGCUGACCACCUCUUUGUUCUUAUCCAGUAAGAUACUACUAUGUUUCAUGUGAUGUAGCCUCUGAAGAAUAGAUAAUCCUCAUUUUAAGUUUCAGACUAGUCAUCUAAGUUAAAUCAACCGUGUCCCAGAGCACAUUACACUUAGUAACAGAGGGAAAGAACUUGGAUGCAGAUAACUGUCAUACAAUUAUGCCCUAUUUGGCUAACAUUGGACCAGGAUUUUUUUUUUUAAGAUUUAUUUAUUUAUUAUGUAUACAAUGUUCUGUCUGCAUGUACACCUGCACGUGAGAAAGAGAGCACCAGAUCUCAUUAUAGCUGGUUGUGAGCCACUGUGUGGUUGCUGGGAAUUGAACUCAUGACCUCUGGAAAAGCAGCCAGUGCUCUUAACCUCUGAGCCAUCUCUCCAGGUCCCUAGAUCAGGAUUUUUAAGUGGUACUUUUCCCCAAGCUGGUGUUGGUACUUAGAUAAUAAGUAGGCUUUCUUCCUCAGGACAAGCCAGAGUUGAAUAGUAUGAGUAUGUUAGCACACCUGAACUUGUUACAUUACAAAGAAAGUAAUUAUUGCUAAGGCUGAUGACCUCAACCCCUUAGAGAUGUCAGUACAAAUCAUCAAUGUCUGUUGUGUUGGAAGACCCAUCUUUUCUCAAAUGACAUUCAGCAAUGCUGGGAAGACAAUAUUAUCUGAAAUCUACAUUAUCUUUACAGAGGGUACAAAAAUAAUUUUUUUAACAAUUUAUUUAAUUUUAUUUUCUGUGCAUUGGUACAAAGGUAUUAGAAUCCCUGGAACUGAAGUUAUAGACAGUUAUGAGCUGCCAUGUGGGUGCUGGAAAUUGAACCUGGGUCCUUUUGAAGAGCAGGCAGUGCUCUUAACCACUAAGCCAUUUCUCCAACCCACGAAAAUAAUUUUUAUAAAUGAUUUCUAAUCUCACAUCCUUCCCCUUGUUUACCAAAAGUUCUUAACUUCUUAACACAGUUAAAAGAACCCCAGUAGAUCAACUAGUAGAAGCUUUAAACAGCAAAGCUAACUUAAAAAGGCAGAGAGUGGGGUGAGGGAGUGGGGGGUACUUUUCUAAUGCUUGUUAUUUUGUGUCUACUGAGUAGGUCCUGAGGAAGAAUCUCAAGUGUACCAGCCAGUUAAGGGAGUCUUAUAUUGAGCAUCACAUGUGACCAAAACCUUAAUUUAAUACCCUGGAUCUUAGGAUGUGAAUUAUUCCAUAAUGCCAGAAGUUAAAGUAUCUCGUGGAAACAUGCAAUUACUUGUCUUCACUGGUAGGUAAUAUUUAGGAGACUGUAUUCCACUAAAUAAAUACUAAAUACUUUUUGGUACCAGACAAUAUACUUGGAAUUUAUAAACAAAACCAGCUCUAAUUAGUUAUGGCUUCCCAAUCUUUUAAGGGGAGUUGUUUGUUUGUUUAGUUGGUGUUUUGUUUUUGAGAUAGGGUCUCUCUAGGUAGCCCUGGCUAUCCUAGAACUCACUACAUAUACCAGGCCUGCUUUGAACUCACAGAGAUCUGCCUGCCUCUGCCUCCUGAGUGUUGGGAUUAAAAGCAUGCUGCACCAUGCCCAACAUGGCUUCCCAUUUUUGAGAGUCCCAAACCUACUUGUUGGGAGUCUAAGACAUGAUUUUUUAGAAAGCUUGUACUUUUUCUAUAUAGAGAGAUGUUCUAAAAAGUCUUACUGUACAGUGUGCUACUAGCAUAGCUGCAGUUAUGUCAAAACAUUUCUGAGGUAAUAACACAAUGUUUAUGUUCUAUUAAUUUAGCUGAUCCUCAUGUCAGUCUAUUGUGAUUUUUUUUUUUUUUUUUUUGAGACAGGGUUUCUCUCUGUAGCCUUGGCUGUCUUAGACUCGACUUGUACACUAGGCUGGCCUUGAACUCUCACAGAGUUCUGCCUGCCUCUGCCUCCCAAAAGCUGGGAUUAAAGACAUGCCACUAUGGCUUGACUUUUUUUUGGGGGGGGGAAUAUAUGUGAUUAUUGUUACUUUCAUUUUAGACAGAAUGACACACUUUGUCUUUCCAUGGGUGAUCUUAACACCUGAUACUCUGAAUAGCCUCUAGUGCCUUUUGUGAGUAUAAUUAUGGCACAUUUUCUAGAUGAAAAAACUGAUGAGCCCAUGGGUACCUAACUUGAAGAGCUAGUAUUUACCAAUCCAAUUCCAAAUCUAGACUACCUCCACUGUAUCACUUUUACUUCCUGUGUCGUGUCUAGUAUUGUUCCUCCUUUAGUGAACUUGUAAUCAAGAGUAGGAGCUGGAGCGAUGGAUCAAUAGUUAAGAGCACUGGCUGUUCCUAGGGACCUGGGUUUGGUUCCUAGCACCCACAGGACCACUUACAACUGGCCGUUAUCCCAGUCCGGGGCAUCCAAAGCCCUCUUUUGGCCUCUUCAGGGACUGCAUAUUGUGCAAAGACACAUGCGAGCAAAACACCCAUAGACGUGUAAAUAAGUAAAAUUUUGGAUAACCCAAGAGCAAGUUAUCAGCAGAUUUUUUUCAAAAGAUGAUCCAGUUGGCCUCUCUGCUGACUUGAGUAGGAAUAUUGCCCGCUUACUCAGAAGAAUUACCGACUUGGUAGGUCUGAUUAUGAAUAUGUCACGUGAGUUAGUCUUUAAAAAUGAAACUGCUUUCUGGUUUCUUACUGCUGUGCAACAGACUAUAAAGCUUAACUCUAAAGUGGCUUAACAACCAUUCUAUAAAUCUUGACUUUGUGAAAAGUUAAAAUUAAGAAAGAGGCAGCAGGUUGACUGGUCAGGAGGGUCCAAGAUUAUGUCAUGCAUGCCUGAUGAAAACCUGUGCUUACUGCUGUUCAGGGACUCCAUGGUAGUUGGAAUUGUUUUUUGAGGGGGGUUUUCACUCUGUAGACCAGGCUGGCCUCCAACCCAGAGAUCCACCUGCCACUGCCUCCCAAAUUCUGGGAUCAAAGGCAUGAGCCACCACCGGCCUGCAGGUAGUUGGACUUCUUAACAUGGCAGCUGGGCAAAAGAUGCCACUCUUCUUAGAGGCCAGGCCUAUAGCAUCAUGGAGGCACUGCCAUACCUGAGUCAGUGCUGAGGGAGUCCACAUCUUAGGGAGAGGAAAUAACCCUAACACUGUAUGUAGACACAUGUAGAGAUUUUCGAUCAUAUUUGUUUACAGGUAACGUUAGGUUUUUUAUUUUUUUUCUAAACCUUUUGUGAACAGUUACUAGUGCCAUUGAAGCCGUUUAUUUCAUCUGCUGUGGGGCAGUAAAAGAUCUAGAAGGAGAAUGAGACAAAUGUUUAAGGCUCAUUUAUGUCUGCCUUCUUUCAAGUUCCUGAAGCAGUCAUUCCUUCCCCACUCUGUACUGGGUUCUAGGUUACAACCUUUUGCUGUGCUUGCUGUGAAGCCACUAUAGGUGUGCGUACUGAGCCAAAAAUAUUCCCUAGGACAUACAUUUUCAGGAAUUUCUAUUGUGCGGCUUAAUAGCCUAUUGUUAAGACCAUAAGAGGUUGUUGUACUGAGGUCUCUCUAACCACUAAGCUGCAUCUCCAGCUCCAGAUAGUAAGUUUUGCAUAGUUGUUUUAUCCCGUAUCUAUCUCUACCACUUCUCUCAUAUAAUUUUGUUCUUCAAGAUUAAUUGGCUAAUCCCAUCCUCACUGCUAUUCUUACAGGAGAGUCAGUUGUCCAGUUUUGUGUAUCAGUCUCUGAUUUAGUAAUUGUUAGCAGCUUCUCUCAUUCAAAGUCACGGAUCAUUGAAGUUUUUUUGAGGCUUGAGUUGUCAGAUUUAUAAUGCCUUAUUUAAAGCUUUGCUGACUUAAAAUAACUAGACUAGAAACUUAAACUAGUCCUGCACUGAGAAGAAGAUGGUAGAGAAUAAAUUGUACUCUAUUAAUUAUCCCCAAAUCAGUACAGUUCUGAGAGAAGAAAAGGUUUGAGAUAGCCUGUGAGUAGAGUCCCAGAGAAGUAAGUGUAAAGGCUUCCCAAUUCUCAUAUAGUACAGUGAUCUCUGUUGCUAAGUGAGGCCUAGAGGAAUAGAGGGGCACUAGAAGCCAAAGGCUUACUUUAGGACUUUACAGAAUGCUAGGAAGUAGGAAAAUCAACAACAAAACAAACAAAGAAAAACUGUGGUGUAGUUAGAUAUCCAAAGAGUUGAGACUGAUUAGUUGGUUGUUUUUUUGUUUUUUUGUUUUUUUUAAGUUUAUUUAUUAUGUAUACAAUGUUCUGUCUGCAUGUACACCUGCACGUGAGAAGAGAGCACCAGAUCUCAUUACAGAUGGUUAUGAGCCACCGUGUGGUUGCUGGGAAUUGAACUCAUGACCUCUGGAAAAGCAGCCAGUGCUCUUAUCUCUGAGCCAUCGCUCCAGCCCAGUAUUGAUUAGGUUUUAUCAUGUAAAGAUUAGGGGGAGUUUUUAUUGAAUGAAAAGAAUAGAAUUUAAAUUAAAACUUUUUAAAAUACUCAUUUCCACCCAGAUAAAAUCCACUCAUCUCUGCCUUUCUUGUCAGAGCUUUAAAGUUCCAGUUUCAGGAAAUGACAGAUUUACUGUGAUACGCUAUGUUGUUACUCACAUGCUGUAUUCUGGCUCAUGGAGAACUUCUCUGGAAUCUCUGUGCUGUGAAGUUUGGGUGGUUGCAUAGAGGGAGAGAACAAGAUGAGAAAAGGGGGAAUCCUACAGAUUGACAAUCUUUCCUUUCAGCAUCACGAGUCUAAACCAUUUCAGCCAAUCAUGACAGCUCAAGUGAGUAGUCGCUGUUUGAGGGUUAGGGUUCUGCAUGUAGUUUCAUCUUCAAGCAGAUGCUGAUGACAUUUGAAAAUGAUGUUUCCUAUAAGUCAUAGAAACACACCUGUAGUGGUUAAGAACCAUUCAAAACCAGAGAUGCUAUGCAGGGAACAAAGCUUAAAUGUGUUUCCUCUGGAAGCCAAAUUACUAACGAGCUCACUGAAAGUGUGCAGAAAGUCCACCUCUGAAAUGCUAUCAGAUGGCAGACAUACUUAGAAUUUAUACGGAGUUUCUAGUAUUUUUACAAAAAUAACUCUAAAUCUGGUAAUGAGUUUUGUUUUAAUGAGCCUGUUUUCUUUUUGGAAAAAUGGCUCAAUAAAAAUAUCACUAAAGAAUUCAAUUGUAUAUGCAUGUGCAUUAAACACAGAAUGGUAUACUGAUGAUAGUUCAUGCAGAUAACUUUUAUGGGAAGUUAGCUAUUUUCUUAAAGUCUAUUCAUAAAUGUAUGCUAAUAAAUAUAUUUACUCACCAUGAUCUUGGUAGCAUAGAAGCAUUUUGUUAGCUGUGUUGUACUAAAAAUUAAAUUCUUGGUAUAAUAGGCUAUGAGAGCUUUUAUUAACUUUGUAUUUGGGCUGAAAACUAUUUCUUGCACUUUCUAUUUAUAAAUAUAUGUUAUCUCAUAUCUAACAGUUAGUGCAUCUGGUUUUGUCUCGUUUUGAAGAGCUAGCAGAUGUAGGUGUUAAAGUGAAAUAUGUGCUUAAAGCCCUGGCAAAAGAAAAAGGAAAUGUGCUUAUAGCGACCUGAGACAGGCUAGAGAUCAGUACAGAGACUGAAAGUAGCUGUUGGGAUGGACAUACUUUUGCUGUGAACUGCAGUACUGCUGUGAGUUGUCAGGUGUUUGUGUGAGGAGAAGGUGUUUAAUGAAGGCAGAUAAGUCCGUGUAGAGUAUCCUACCUCCCACUAAAUACUGAGCAUAUUCAAGAGUUCCCUGUAUUCCCCUACCCCCAUUCUUUACUAUUUACAUUUCAGCUCCUCUACCUCUGAGCCUCUGGCUGAAGAAAUAGGGUGUACCUUUCUAUAGCAAGGAAUGCUAGACUCAAAAUAAAGUCUUUACAAAUGCUUA